CAUCUGUAGUUUCACCUUCAUCUUGUACUGUACUGAUGUACUUGGUAAUAAACACAAUAAACAUUUUAUUGUUGGGUUGUUUUCGUUAAGUAUUGAGAAAUAAUUCAAUCAAAGAUUUUACUCUAAAGUUGGCGACCAUGGCUUCAACGGUGUUAAAAGGAGACACUCUAGGACAAAAACAUAAACAUUACAAUCAAUUAUUAAACGAUGCGCUGUCUGGUAACAUUAAAAUAUCAUCUCAUCCGGACGAUGAUAUCGGUAACUUACUUCUCAUAGAUAUGGCUAGCCAAAACAAAGAUGUACACUUCAUUUUGAAUGCGUUCAAAUCAACAGACAUGCUCUACGUCUCGUGGGCUAUUAAAAAAAGCAAUUGGCUUAUUACUGAGAAAACGUAUAGUAACUUCAUCAAUCCCAAUUAUUUAAACUCCGAUAUUUUUCCACAUAUGAUGACCAAGGCUAUUAAUAAACUUAUGUUACACAUAAGAUUGCAUUUGAAGGACGAAGAACGUGUUGAAGAAUUUUACCGAAACGAAAAGGUACCUAGCGACGCAGCAAAAUGGCUGUGCAACUGUUCUGUGAAGUUUAUUGAAGAUAACAUUAAUAGACACAAUAACGAUAAUCGUUUAUUAAAACGUUUGUGUGAAAAAUCAAUAAGCAUCCUGGAGAAAAUCGAUAACCAUAACUCCGUGCUUUUACAGAAAACCACGUUCUUUUUGAAAAAUGAGACAAAUAGGUACUUAAAUAUUGUAGAACGCGUUCCAUACUACAACAGACCUACGUUCAAUGCAAAAGCAACGGAUUUAAUUAUGAAAAAAUGUCCAGAGCGAAUCAUAAACAAUUUCGAAAAAUACGCAAUUAACAUUCAUAUGCCCACAUUCGCUAGAUACUUAAAAAGUGAAAAUAUCAGCGAUUUUUUAACGAAACAAAUAAAGUCAGCAGAAGACGAUAGUAAUUUGAGUAUGUUCUUGAAAUCGGAUCAGGUACUUUAUCUGUUUCAAAGAAUCCGUCCACCUCAACGUUAUGAAUUCGUCAAGGCAAUGUUCCUCGAUGACAAAGAUGAGGUGAACGAAAACGAUCCGAAAAAACAGAGCAUACAAUUGUUUUUUAAUAAAUGUGAUAUGGAAAAAUACAUAUGGUAUAAAUAUGCACCAUUUGAUGUCGCAUUUGUUGCAAUAAAAAAAAGCCUUCAAGUUGAAUCGUCUGCGAGAGAUAAGAAAGCUAUGCUCCAAACACUUAUUUAUUGCGCAAAACAAAAUCUUUCAGACAUUCAGACUCUAUUGCGUUAUUACAGCAAGAAACACAUUAAAGACUCGUUCAGUUCUAAAUGUAACUUUGUUAGUGAGCUCUCGAAAAACACUGAAAUUCACAAAUAUGAUGAAACGACAUGGGAUGUUUUAAAUGAAAUAUUUAGUGGCAUGGGGUUAUACAAUCCAUCUUCCGAGAAGGAUCAGAAUUGUAUUCAAACAAUAAUCGUUUACAAAGUUUUACACAAUGAAACAGUUCCAGAAGUGAUUAUGAAUAAAUUCGAAUUUGAAACACUGAGCGCCUACAAAAAACUAACCGAAGAAGAUGGUGUGAAAAUUUUUAAUUUUUUGUUUGAUCAUUUACUGACCAAAGUGCAAACAACUGUUUCUACACAGGAUGAAUUGGCUGAUCUGGAAAGUAAUUUAAUUAACACGUUGACUCUCUUGAAAGAUUGGAAAAAAAAUAUUUCAGAGUAUCCUAGCAUUAUCAAUAAAAUUAAGGAAAUCGCUUCGAUUAAAAGAAAAAAUGUGUGGACGCUAGACCUUGCUGAUUUGUACAACGUACAAAAAUCAUGGCGAAAGAUUAUGUUCGAGGAAUCUAUAAUUUUGAACCCAUGUGAAGAGGUUUGCGUUAAUGCGUUGAAACAUGAGCCGAGUUUGUUGUCGCGAUACAAUACAGAAGUACAAGACUUACAGUGUAACGAUAAUGUGUCUCUAAAACAAGUACUCAGCAAAAUACGCAUUUACUGGCCAGAAUCUUUAGCCUUGUGCUGGUCGAAUGAAUACAUGGCCCGACUCAAAACAUUAAGCAAUCACAAAGCCCUAACUCGAGGCCUUUGCUAUUUAUUGCCUCACACUACUUUAAUUGACAUUAUUGUAUCCUUUAUUCCUAAGGAGAGCAAGAUUGAUUUCAAGAACGUAGAUGAAGUCAGUCUUAGCUUACAGAAGCAUUUCGCUAAAAACAUGCAUUUAGCACGUCCACAACCUAAACCAGAGAUUGUCAUGAGUUAUGCUAAAGGCGAUUACGUGAAGUUUACGUUGCCUUCACUACUCGCCGUAUUUCAUAAUUUAAAUGCUAAAAGUAGUCGUGAGUGUUUGCCAGAAUUUUUAGACGCUCCAGUUUCUCUGCAAAAGCACAUUAUUCGUUUAGCUUUCGCAGAGCUCGAAUCUCAUGAACUUAAAGUAAUAUUCUUGAACUUAUGGCAAACAUCGAAGAACAAAACAAUUCGAGGGAUGAUCUUUGAGUUCACUUUCAAACUGUUAUGUAAAACAAAGGACCCAAUUGAAGCCAAGAACUUGUGGGAUACCUUUGAAGUCUUCAUUGAUAAUUUAACUUACGAAGACGAUAAAAAACUGUUCGAUUUACUAUCAAAAGUCGAAGAUGUACCUGGUAAUGUGAAGCCCCAUUUCCUUGUAAAGAGUUACGGGUUCCUAAAACGAUUAAUUUCCAACGUGGUCAAUGACCGUGGGACCUACGAAUGGUAUUUGGAAUUGCUGGAACAAUCCACAAGAGAAAUAAUGGAACACAUGAACAAUGAAUUUAUCGAGAAUAUUAUAACGGAAUUUCUUGAAAAAAAAUUUUAUACUUUUCAAGGGAAAUCAGGCCCUGUUAGGUCAUCAUACGGCAUGACAACAGUUAUUUCGGCGUAUCUUUUAUGCGCUAAGAACAUUGAAAGCCAGCAGAGGAAACAGGAAAAUAUACUUAAACCUCUAAUUAAACGAUCUUUAAAUAUGUGGAACGAAUAUCGCGACGGAUGCUAUUUCAUAAGACAAAACUUUCAAGAAUUACUCUACCAAUUCACAAUGGAUCUAAACUAUUACGUUACAUCAAAAAAUAUGAUAAUCCCCACAGAGAUGUUCACAGAAAUACUAACGGAGUUGAACACUUUGCCAGUUUCCGAAAACUACGUCAUGGUAACAGGCUGGAAAUUAACAUUAACUUUGGCAAAAUUGUUAGAGAAAACAACUAAAGCAGAAUGGGACUUGAAAUGCACAGAAAUAUCACAAGAAUUUGCUGAAAACUGUGUUGAAUAUCUGAAGCAAGAUGUAAAUAGUCAUUUUCCAUGUAUUUAUGUUCUUUUUUCACGGGCACUACAGAAAAUCAUUGACAUAUCCAGAACUGACGACUGGAAGUGGCUUCUACUUGAAAAGAUGCUCUCAGAUAAAGAUUUCGUCCAAUCGUUUUUAACUGUUAAUUGUAUUUUAACGAAAAACAACGGGCAGGGAUGUGAAUCGACUAAACAAAACAUUACCAAGAUCACCAAUUUAAUUAAAGAGCAUCCUUCGGUUGAAGUGAAAAUGCAUUAUUAUUAUAAGUUUGGUGAUGGUAAUCGCGGUUGCAAAGAAGAAUGUGUACCUUGGGCACGAUGAAUGGCCACUGUUGUUAUUUGAAUGUAGAUUUAUUUGUGAAAUCAUUGUUAAUGUACGUUGUACUAAUUGUCAAAUUUACAAAUUGCCAAAACUUUAAUGUGCUCCGAUAUCAAAGUUUUGGCGCCCCACAAUUAUAUAUAUCUAUGUAUGUAUAUCUCAAAGCAGGCGGCGGCGGCAUUUGCGUUGUAGACGUCUUUGGGCUCAGGUAACCACUUAAAAUCAGGCAGGCCGUGAGCUCAAAAAAAACAUAAUCUAGCUUUUUUUACACUUUUGUUGUUAAUCUAUAAUUGUAUACAUAGAAUAAUUUACCAAAUUGUGUACUGCGCAAAUACUUUUACAAAAUACAAAGCUAUUUAAAUUUUUCGCGUACUAUAAUAAAAUCACAGGCUAAAAUGAUAAAUCGAAGACGCGUACACGUGUACACCAUUUUGACUUAAUAAUGAGCAAGAAAAUAAAUGCCUAUUUCUACCACCAAGCAACCGAAGCAAUCCUUUGUUUCGGUUUGAACAACAGAAUAGACAAACUGAGUUCGGAUAAUAUUACAGAAUCUAUGGUUUCACUUGAUACCUACAUGUUUGAUGCGAGAAUUGUGAGAUAGGCAACGAUAUUCGCCUUUCGGCUCUGUAAACGUCCAAACUUUGGACGUAACGAGUUUCUCGUUCAUUUAACAAAAUCAAGAAACAGUGAUGGGCCUGCUUAUCGCAUUUUAGAGACGUACAAAUGACUUUUUUACACUUCUACCUACAUGGCUACACGAAUAAACCACAAACAAUAAUCAACUAAUAUUAUUUAAGUUUGACUGUCACUGACAGUAAUGUUAAUUAACAGUAAUCCAUAAUUAUUAUACCCUAAUAACGGAUUCCACGAGUAAAAUUGUUAUGAAAAUUACAAUGUGUUGUGC